ACAUAUAUAUAUAUAUAUCUAUGUAUAUAGAUAUUGGUAUUUGCUGCGUGUAAAGCGAAUUUAUUUUUCAAUCUUUCCCAUGUCACUUGUUGAACGAACUUGAAUAAACAGAAGCGUCUUGACGUAUCUGCUCUGCUAUUCUUUUCCAACAGCCGGGCAAACAAUUGGACUGUUUGCAAAACAAUUAAUCAAAACUGCAAGUAAUUAACACCGAUGCAUUCCAGACAUUCGCGAUACGCCGAAUGCUUCUUGUUAGUCCAGUUCUAUAAAAAGAUAAGUUCGCUGAAAUAAUCGGUAAAGAUCCUAUACUAUAUGUCUGGGUGAAUAGCAGGUCAUGCAUUUUUGGAAUGAACUUUUCUCUCGUACUCUCGAUCUCUUACUUUCUCUCUCUCUCUCCCUCUGUCUGUCUGUCUAUCUCUAUCAGUUUAUUUCUCUUUUACUCCCCCACUCUAUCUAUCCACAUUCUAGUCCUAAUCUAGGCCUAUUAAUCCAACAGCCUGCCAACAUUCUCUUAAUGGGACCGCCUCCGAGCCAUGAUAUUCGAUUAUGUGAUUUCGGCCUAGCUCAAUUACUGGAAGAAAACAUUGAACAAUAUCAGUUAGCAGGAACAACAGAUUAUAUGGCUCCCGAAGUUAUAAACUUUGAGUCUUUAACAACAAAAAGCGAUAUAUGGAGCGUUGGGGUUUUAACAUACGUCCUAUUAUCUGGAAUGUCACCAUUCAAUUUCGAAAAUGGUGAUGAUCAAAACGUACGAUUAAAUAUAACAAAAUGCAAUUAUGAUUUCAACGAUUAUUUCGAUAAUAUACCCGAGGCUGCUAUAGAAUUUAUUAAAAGCGUUCUGGUAUUAUUACAUAGAGACCGCCCAACUGCCAAAGAGUGCCUAAAGGACGUGUGGUUUGAGGCAAAUGACAAUAAAGAGAAUAAGCAGGGAAAAGUUGAAAAUCGUCGAAGUACACAAAACACUAAUAUUAAAAUAGACGUAAAAAAGGAGGAUAAGGUUGAUAUUGGUGAGAAAAUAACUGAAAUUUUAAACGAGGUUAAAGAUAGAAUUCAAUCACCUACUGAAAACGAAAAGAAUAAAACGAUUCUGUCAAAUCAAAUAAACUCCCCUGGUUCAGAGGAAAUGUCAUGCUCUAAGAAACUUGUUAUUGAAGCCAAAACACCGACCCGUCAAUCUCCCUUAGGCUGUAGAAGAUGCCUAGCAAUAUCAGUUGAUGAUGAACCCGCCAAGAGGAGUAAAUGUUUUGAAUACAGUCCUCCUAUUAAAUCCUGACAAUUACUGCAUCCUUUUUUUACAAUGAACAUAUAAAAUAAGAGGAUGAUUUGUAUAUUAAAAAACGAUGGAUACGUUUAAGAAAAAAAUCUCUGAGCCUUUAAAAAAAAACGAUGGUCAUUAAUAUAUUGACUGAAAUAGAGAGAUAUUUUCCUAUUUUUUUCUUAUGCCAUAUAUUACCUGAUCUGUCAUGUCCUCUUUUGUGUACAAAUUCUUACAUUUUGCCAAUAAAACAAGUGAGUUUAGAGAUCUUUUUUUUUUAUAAAAAAUAUCUUUUAAUGCUACUUUUGAUUUAGUUAAAAAAGGAUUACAAUAGAUGACAAAGUUAAAAAUUCCUUUUUUUUAUUAUCUAAAGUUUGAAUAAGUAUUGAAUAAAUAUACAUUCAUACU